GUACGCACAACAGAGUUAUUGGAGAAAAUUAUUGAGUUUCAUUCUUAAUGAGCCCUAUGAUUGCCAUUGCAAAUCUUAAUCUACAAUACAUUAUAUUACAUUGAUUGUAAAACCAGUUCUUGUUUUGUUUUCUACCAUCAUGCCCCGAGGUUUUCUAGUGAAGCGAUCUCUCCGUCCACCUUCAACUAAUCAGCCACGAUGUCGACGGUUUUCCGACGAAGACCGGAGUGACACCAGUUCUGAAUCAGAAUCAUUUCAGGACUUACAGUAUUUCUCAUCGACACUACCAAAAGAACAAGACGAACCGCUUGCCUUGACUACUGGCGAUGAGAAUGAUAAAGACAAAGCUCUACCAGUCCGAUCAACUGUGGUAUACUUCCCACGUUUAGAACGCUUGCCUGCUUCCCUUCCUAGUACCCCUUCUCGUCCCAAGGAUUCCUCUGUUCGUGUCUCACAGAGUGUUUCACCAUUCCCACCUAACAAAAAGAAAGAAAUCUCACAGAGUCCUGAACCCAAACGAAAAUCUAAGAUAUCUCGUAAAGGAAAAGCCGUCCGUAAGCUAAACUUAGACGACGACAAAACGUCACCUGUGUCGGGUACAUUUAUUCUCGCACCAGAGUGUGAGGAAGACAUACCAACUCCUAUGAGAAGUGGUGACAUUGACCCAAGCCUUAAUGUAGUAAAUAUCAGUGAAGAAGCCAAAGCUGAACUAGCCAAAAUUGAAAAUAAAAUUGGAGCGUACAUAUGUAAGCUGUGUAAAGAACACUAUCCAGACGCGUUUAGUCUAGCUCAGCAUCGUUGUUCACGUAUUGUGCACGUAGAAUACCGCUGUCCCGAUUGCGACAAAGUUUUUAACUGUCCUGCCAAUCUAGCUUCACAUCGUCGUUGGCAUAAGCCCCGACAAAGCCGUUCUGCUAGCGAGAAGUUGCACGUACCUCCGCAGCUGCUUCCGGCCACUUUGCUCGAGAACUGUGGUGAUAGUGAUAGCUUGAGAAGCACACCUUCCCCAGAUGCGGACAACAUUGACUCAAACGGAUAUGCAACAGAAGAGGGACAAUUUGAAUGUGAAAUUUGCAGAAAACGAUUUAGACGCCAAGCGUAUCUAAAGAAGCACAUCCACAUUCACAAAAAUAUUUCCGAAAAAAUCGAAGCCCCAUUGUUGUACAUGUACGACAAAAGAUUUAGGACUCUAGCUGAAAGUACUUCAUCACAAGCCCUGAAUCACACAAGUUUGCUUACUAGUUUAACUCAUGGAUCUUUAACACAGCAUCAAUCCGAACAACUUCUCGUAAGUACUACGCAAGAUUGCUAGGACACUUCUGCCAUAAAGGGGAAGUGUUAAAUAGAAAAUGUUUAAAUUGUGGUCAAAGUUCAUGAGAUGCACUGAUGAUAUUUUUAAUUAAACUACAAAAAUGUAAUAUAAUCGUUUAAACGAGACAAUCUAGUCCAUUUACCUAGUCAUUAUUAUCAUUUAUUUUAUGUGUUGUAAAACUAUAUUUGUAAGAGAAACAAAAUUCUGGAAUAAUAGAUAUCAUUGUUUUCUAAAGUUUGAGGUUUGAUUACAUUAAAAGGCACGUCCCAGAAAAAUUAGCUUUCUAGUUAUAUAGAUUUUAGGGAAACAAUUGUUGGUUUUACCAAACUUAGCUUUACGCUAAUAACUAAGCAUUUCCGAAAUAUUAGGUUGCAUUACGAGAGGUUUCUUCAUAAUUUUAUCUUAUUUGUUUACAUUAGCAUACAAAAUAACCUAAUUCAAACUUGGAAGGCAUUUUAUCAACUUCUGUAGAUAUGAUGUAAUACUAACUGGACUGCUCAACUUUAUAUAAUUAAGAAAACAAUUGUGAAAAUCAGUAUUGAUCAAGUGCUAGAAAGGAGUUGUAUAUCGUAAGAAUCACUCGCAAUGUCCUGUGAUAACAGAUUUGUGCGAGAAGCAUGAAAGUACAUAAAAUAACUUGGGCUCUCAUAGGUUCCUUACGUGAUAUGUAGACUAGCGUGAAGUAAAUCUAUCACGAUGAUCCCUCAGAACUAAUAGAACGCAGCGAUAGAAUAGCGACAAAAGUGAACAACAAUCUAUGAGUAAGGUGUGAACAGUUUCAAUACUUCUACGCUCAACACUGACACUUAGAAAGUAUUAUUUGUGAAAGUAUUUCAAUCUAGUCCGUGUAUUUUUAUAUAGAGAAAAAUAUACAAAUUCUUGGGCUGAUCUUCUCAGCCCAGACUUUAAAAACAUUGUGUUUUAUAACCAAUCGAAAAUUAAGAAUAUAUUUUUAUUUACUGUAUACUAUAGGAUACAUUAUCAAAUUAUAUUUUAUUUACAAUUCCACGAGGUUGUUAUGCAUGCCACGAAGUUUCUAUUUUUGCAAUGUACUGUACGUUGAUCAAAGCAGCAAUAUAUAUAUAUUGUGUGUCAUUUCAUGUAGUGAAACAAGUUUUCAGUAAUACAAGUAUAAGAAUCUGCCUUAGAAAGAUGAACGUACAACAGAAACGUUAAGACUAUUAACACAAUGACUAAAUGAAACAAGAAAUAACAAAGUUAACAAAAAAUAUAUAUAUAUACUAUUGACAAAUUUUAAGGCUUUUACUUUGAAAUCAUAAGGAAAACUGUAUAUGUCUACACACACACACAUAUAUAUAUAUAUAUGGUGUCAAACCAG